AUGCCAGGCCGGCAAGCCCACGGACGACCCGUUGGCGGCGGUACAACUACCAACAGCAAAAGUAAGAAGAGGUCGAAAUCGAAAUCUACUAAGAAGGCCCUAAACGCCUUCGCUAUCGCAUCCGAGGAAUAUGCCGACCGUCAGAAGCGCACGCCCCGCAAUCGCGAACUUGAUGUGCCGUUAAGUGGUAGCGGCAGCAAGCAUGCUAGAGACGAUGAUGAUGACGAGGACGAGGAUGAAGAUGAAGAUGAAGGACCGCCUAGGAAGAUGCGUCGUGGCGCUGAACGCGAUGAAAAUGUCGAGUACGGGAGCGACAGCAGCGGGAACGAAUGGCGAGUUGGCGUCGACGAAGAUGACGAUUCGGAGAUAGAAAGUGACGAUGCUUUUGGGGAGAGCGACCAGGAACGUUUCGAGGACUACGCUUUCCGUGGAAGUAAAAAGAAGCCGAAGAAAAAGAACAAUGAUGAUAAUGACGACGAUAGCGAUGAGGACAUUAGCGAUGCUGACGGUGCUUCUCUCGGAUCCGAUGCCAUUGAUCUUGCCGCAGCUCUAGAUAUGUCCAUGUCGGAGGAUGAUGGGGAGCCUGGAGCUGACGACGAGUCUGGUUCUGACGAAGAAUCUGAUGAAGACGAUGCGGCAUCCGGCAACGAAUCUUCCGACAUUGAAGACGACGAAGAUGAUGAUGUAUCAGACUCUGGAAUUAAUGCAUGGGUUUCCAAGUUCGGAGGGGUGAAAGAUACAGACGAUCAAGACGUCGUGCCAACUAAGAAGCCAAAGAUUGGGUUGAAAGAUUUAGGCUUAUUAGGAAUCAAAGAUCCCCAAUUAAAGAAGUCCCUUAAGCUUAUGACCAAAGAAGAAAAAUCGAGCAAGCCGCAGAAAUUAGAGGUGCCCCUCGCAAGACGCCAGCAGGCAAAGCUAGAUCGCACUGUCGCAUACGAGAAGACGAAUGAAUCUUUGGACCGUUGGACCGAAACUGUGAAGCACAACAGAAGAGCAGACCAUCUAGUCUUUCCGCUCCCCCAGACAGAGACCGGUCUUGCCAGGCAUAAUAACACCGAAAUCCAACCCCUGAAUCGUAAAGCGCCGGGGACAGAGUUAGAAAAGACUAUCCUCGCAAUUAUGGAAGAAAGUGGGCUUGGGCCAAGUACCAAGAAAGAGGCCAAGCAGAUGGAGGACCUAGAAUCCGCAGAUGCCGAAGGCUUGUCAGGGAACAACCUCAAGGCUCUGUGGCAGGAGAAGCGUCGCGAAAGGGAGCUCAAGUCCCGAGAGGAUGCAAGAUCAAAGCGUAUUAAAAAGAUUAAGAGCAAGGCCUACCAUCGUGUGCACCGAAAGCAAAGGGAAAGAGACGAAAUGAAGGAGCACGAAGCCAUGGUUGCCGCUGGGGAGGUCGAUUCGGAAGAUGACCGUGAGGCUCAAGACCGACAGCGAGCUGUAGAGAGAAUGGGUGCCCGGCAUCGAGAAAGCAAAUGGGCUAAAAUGUCUAAUAAGAAUAAGCGUGCCGCAUGGGACGACGAUGUUCGAGUGGGUAUAGCUGAUAUGGCCCGGCGAGAUGAGGAGUUGCGCCGUCGUAUCGAAGGGAAACCAGCAAAGACGAACGGCGACUCAGAUGAGGACUCUGAUUACUCGGGCGGGUCGGAUGAUGUUGACGAGCGGAAGAGACUACUCCAGCAGCUUAACAACGUUUCCGACGAUGACGAUGCGCCACAGUCGAAAUUAAUGAAUAUGGAAUUCAUGAAGAAAGCAGAGGCAGCUAAGAGAAAGGCCAAUGAUGAACUAAUAGCCGAAAUACGGCGGGACCUAGCCUCAGAUGACGAGGACGCUGUAGACUCGGAUGACGAAGGCGCGGAUAUUGGUCGACGAAAAUUUGGCCAGCCAUCAGGAAGCAGGUUCGAGAAAUCUAGUGAGAAGCUCAUUAAAGCUAGCAAGAAGGACAAGGCAGAAGCUACAGACCUUCAAACAGCCAGGGACAACAUCGCAGCCACAAAGCCCGGUCGAUCAAAGGGCCUCUCAGCCCCAGUGUCACAAGAUGCAGAUCCAAAUUCCAUAGCGGGUGCUUGGAGUCAGCCUACGAUAGCCGGUCCGGCAAGGAAACAAAAAGGCAAGAAGACAGGGUCCAGCGCAGAAGUGCUAGAACUUGGAAUCGAUUCGGUGGCUAUUGCAGCCUCUGCAGUACCGGCCAAGAAACCCAAGCCAAGCAAGAAACAAGUGAUUGUUAACGGUGACGACUCCUCGGACGACGAGACAAGCCACCUACCCAUCCAGUUCCGCGAGCAAGAUCUCAUCGAGAAAGCCUUCGGCGGCCUAGACGUAGUCGCCGAGUUCGAGCAAGAAAAAGCAGCAAUCGAAGAGGAAGACGACGACAAGAUCAUCGACAACACGCUUCCCGGCUGGGGUAGCUGGGUCGGUGACGGCGUCAGCAAUCGCGAGAAGAAGCGGCACCAGGGGCGGUUCCUGACCAAGCAGGAGGGCGUCAAGAAGAAGGACCGCAAGGACAUGGGGAUGCAGAACGUUAUUGUUAAUGAGAAGAGGAUUAAGAAGAACGACAAGUUCAUGGCCUCUCAGCUACCGCAUCCUUACGAGUCCAGGCUGCAGUAUGAGCGCGCGCUGAGGCUUCCCGUGGGCCCCGAGUGGAUGACCAAGGAGACGUUCCAGGAGGCGACGAAGCCGAGGAUUUUGAUAAAGCAGGGUAUUAUUGCGCCUAUUAUGAAGCCUACACAUUAA